AUGCAUCAUUGUGUUACAUUGUUCAGCAUAUUUCUGCUAAUAGCAUCUUCAUGGACUGACAAACAUCAAGUAACAGCAUCAUCUCCAUCUGUAUUGUAUGUUUGGUCCGGACAAGAUAGUUCCGUAUCGAAUGCCGCUGAUUUCGUUGCUGUAAUCGACUUUGAUGAAAUGUCUCCUACCUAUGGGCAUAUUUUGAAAACAGUUUCGAUUGUUUCGAACACCGCCAACGGCAUUAAGCAAGUAGGGAAUGAACCGCAUCAUUCAGCCAUAUCUGCCGAUGGUCGCUAUUAUAUUACUGGUGGUCUUCUCAGUUUUCGUUCGCAAAAGAAAGAAGUAUUUGUGUGGAAGAUUACAAAAAAUAUUGCGGAAGGUCCGAAAUUUCUAUAUGCACUUGAUGCACCAGGUGCAUGUCCAGACGAGUUUUUGCCGAUCGGUGGCCCUGAAUUUGAUGUGACCAUGAUGUGUAAUGAACAGGCUGCCAGCCCAGGCAAUAUGGUGCGUAUCAAUGCUAAGAAUCGUACGGCAAUAUCAAUCCUCAAAAAUAUUUCAGCUUUUAUCGACUUUAAUCCACAUGGAGUUGGUCGACUUUCCAAUGGUUCAAUCUUCGUCUCAGACUUUAUUGAACCUAUUUCGUUAGCCGGCACUGAUCCAUCACAGAUUCUAUUUCGAAAUACGGUUCGACAUAUUCUUCCUGAUGGAACAUUAGAACGUACUUUUCAACUCCAAUUUCCAACGACACUGGGAUCAUCAAGUGGAAUUGGGCGCGGGAUCGGACUUAUAGCACUUCAACCUAUUCCUGGCGAUCCAUUAGGACGUUCUUUUGUCAAUGGUGCUAGUGUGAACAAUAUGUAUUUAAUCGGUCCAGGCAUGCCUAAACCAAUUCUAGCUAUUGAUUUCUCUCAAGUAAAUAAAUACCAACAGCGAAUCAGUACUGGUCUGUUGUCCAUAUUUCCGGAUGGUACACGUUUAUUAACAACAGUUCAAAUGCGAUAUGUUGUUUUAGUCAAUAUCACAAGACCAGAACAACCGAACAUUCUUCGUGUAUUCGAUUUUUGCUCUGAUCAGGCACUCAAACAUGUGACAAUUGGUAUUCCCGGUUCACUCAAGAAAACCACUUUUGCUGCAUUCUGUACUCAAAAUAAUAAUAUUGUUGGUUCACAUUAUAUUGUACAUCCGAAAGAUGAAAAUCGAUUCAUUGUGAUAAACUAUUUCCUCAAAUUCGGCUUGGCUCAAUUCUCUGGCACACGAACAGUGCAUGCAUUUAAAUUCAAUAAGGAUUUUACUAAUUUCGAAUAUGAUCAUAAAUUCAAUCCUAAUUUUCAAUUUGACUCUUCACCCAUAAAAAAACAACGUCUAACAUUUCAUUCACUACAAGCAUAUCCACAUCAUGCUCAAUGUUUGAAAGGAAAGAAAUAUAAACAUUCAUUACGAGACUAUAUAAUAUGA